AUGGGACGAGAGGGGUGGGCGGCGGCGAUUGUUGGCAGUGUUGGACAGGAAUGGGAUGUUGAGCGGAGGUUCCGUGUGACAGAGGUGGCAUUGGCUAUUAUGUGGUGCUGUGCAUCCGCAUAUCUUUCCUAUUUCUUUGCUGACUGCAUGAUGUCUCGAUGGCUUCUAAACUACACCCCACCAGCGGUUGUGAUCCGUCUUCUAACAACCAACGGCCUGAUUGCAUAUAUCACUUCUUGGGUCCUUUACCUAUCUGGUGCAUCUUCUGACCCCAGACUCCUUUUACCAGCCUGGAUUUCCAUAACAACCUCUUUAACGUUUGUCUACCAUGCAACGCAAAACCAUACAACCAUCAAACGCGAAACAGCAGCAUCACUACUAGUCGUUUCCGUCGCAAGCUUCCUAAGCAUGUCUUCACUUCUUAUGCAGCUGCAUUUGACCCGUGAAAACGAACCAGAAGUGCCUGUCUUUGUCAUCACCCGCAAACUUUGGGACUGGGCUGUGGCUAUUUUCCUGCGCAUGCGAGUUGCGGAUGACCGUAUUGCUGCUGGAGAACUAUAG